AUGUCUUUUGUUUUGGGUGACACCGUAAAGCAGGAUGCUGAAAGAUCUGUCAAAGCGCUUCUUUCACAUGUGCAAAGCGAACAAGCCAGCAGGGCCGUGCCCAUCUACCUCAUGCUCAACACGGCAGAACCCUUGACCAGGCAAUCCGAUCACACACCCCGCAUCAUUCCGUUGAGAAAUAGGCUAUCCAAGCUCUCCGAAGAACGAGUCUUGCUUAUUACAAAGGACCCAUCCACUCCAUACCGUGAUGCCUUGACCAAGAAGGGCUCCGCCAUUGCCGAUGACGAGCUCAUCAAAGAGAUUGUGACCCUCAAAAAGUUGAAAUCCAUUGCCAGAGACUACAGAAAGUUGACCAAACUCUUCAACGAGUACGAUCUCAUUGUGGCCGACCACCGUGUCUAUAAAUUCUUGCCCAACAUCUUGGGAGCCAAAUUCUAUCUCAAGAACAAGAAGUUGCCGUUUAUGGUCCAGAUGGCCAAGCCAGACCCGGAAGCAAAGCUUGUCAAGGGCAAGAAGUCGCCAAAGUUGAAGGAUGAGAGAUGCCACCCAGAGUAUGUCAAGUCACAGUUGAAGUCUAUUGCAAAAAAUACCUACUUCGUUCCCUCUUCCGGUGACUGUAUCUCCAUCAAGGUUGGAUUUUCCGACUGGGAAUGCGGCAAGUUGUUGGAGAAUAUUAAUGACGUUGUGACCUUCUUAACCCACGGUAAGUUCAGACCGAUAGGUGGGGUCAUCCCCAUGGACAAAUUGAAAGGUGUCAACGUCAAAACCAGCACCAGCAUGGCGAUGCCUGUGUAUAAGAAGGCCGACAAAACCACGCAGAGUAUUGACGAGAACUAUGACGAGUUCAACUUUUAG